CCUCUCUUCAUACAAUAUCUCCCCAUGCUUUGGCAACGCUGAAGUCCAGCGCCGUACCCCUCAGUACCGCCCCAUGAGAGCUUUGCGCAUAGCAAUUCGGACAUCCACAGACGUUGAAGCAGGGGUCCUCUCCUUCUAAAGCCGCAAUGGCUGGACAAUCAAAAGAGACCUUGAUUCCUCCAUGGGGUCUAGCAGUUGCAGGAGCUACAGGCGCUGUCAUUGCAAAUGCACUUGUAUACCCUCUCGACAUAGUGAAAACUCGUCUUCAAGUACAGGUCAAGCGGAAGCCAACCGAUCCAGUUCCAACCGACGAUACCCAUUAUACCUCAACCUGGGAUGCUAUAACAAAAAUCGCUGCUGAUGAUGGAGUCAUUGGCCUCUAUGCUGGUAUCAAUGGCGCUUUAAUUGGGGUUGCGUCGACCAAUUUUGCCUACUUUUACUGGUAUUCCGUUGUCCGAACGCUCUACCUCUCCUCCCAAAAAGUACCAGCACCUCCAAGCACAGUCGUCGAAUUAUCUCUCGGUGCAGUUGCCGGUGCGGUGGCCCAAAUAUUCACAAUUCCUGUGGCCGUUGUUACUACCCGUCAACAGACGCAGGGUAAGGGUGAGAAGAAAGGCAUGAUUGAUACAGCCAAGGAAGUUAUCAAUAGCGAGGAUGGCUGGACUGGGCUCUGGAGAGGACUGAAAGCUAGUCUCGUCCUUGUUGUCAAUCCUGCCAUUACGUACGGUGCAUAUCAAAGAUUGAGGGAGAUUCUCUUUCCUGGAAAGUUGAAUCUCAGACCAUGGCAAGCAUUUCUUUUGGGAGCCAUGUCCAAAUCUUUGGCAACCAUUGCAACACAGCCGCUUAUCGUUGCUAAAGUUGGUCUUCAGUCGAAACCGCCACCAUCACGACAGGGAAAACCCUUCAAGAGUUUCAUUGAAGUGAUGCAGUUCAUCGUGAAAAAUGAAGGGUUGUUGGGUCUUUUCAAGGGAAUUGCUCCACAGAUAUCAAAGGGUCUUAUUGUGCAGGGCCUUCUGAUGAUGACUAAAGAAAGGAUGGAGUUAUUAUUCAUUGCCCUCUUCCGUUAUUUACGCAAACUUAAGAGCGAGAGUCUUCAAAAGGCUGCAGAUUUAGCCGCAGAGAGGGCCAAGCAGGCUUUGCCUGUUAUUACAAGAUAGAUA